AUCCUUCUCCUUAGUCUAUUGAUCUCAUUGCAUUUCUUCUCCUUUGAAUCUCAAUUGCACUUUGAUCUUUGAUUUGUGCUAUCAAGAUGGUGUGGAAGAGAAAUAGAGAUGAAUGACUAGUGAUGUUACUGAACCGCAACAGUAUUUCGACGACGUCGUUUAAAGUAGUGCGGACUAGCCCUACGCCCCUACCCGACUUUUACAGACGCCGCGUUAGGUUUCCUCUGGAAAUCUCUCUUCAGUCUCUCUUCCAGCGAGCUUCAUCGCCAUCUCUCUUCGAUCUGCCCCUCCCUCAAAAUCCGCGAAGAAGACGACCAUCGGAGAUGGGUAUUGAUGAUCAAAUUCUAAAAGAGGUUAGGGGGGUCAAAGACGAACUGGUUCAGAUUCAUGAUGGACUGGUUCAAAGAAAUCUUCUGAUGAAGAGAAAUCUGAACAUGACCAGAUUUGGUUUUUCAUUGUGUGCGGUCUCAUGCGCCGCAGUAGUGUAUCUAUACACGAUUGCACCCGACUCUGGAGUCACCUCUGCCUGUGCCGGUGCCCCUGAUUGUGCUGCCCCAUGAAGAUGCUUAAUGCUUGAUCAAAUAUGUCUUGAAUUGUCUAGGUUUAUUAUCUGUUUGAUUCUUGUUUAGACUUAAGUACUAUCUUUGAACUCCCAGACUUGAUUACCAUCUUAAACAACUGGCUCUAAGGAUUUGUAUAUUUGAAUUGGCUACCAUUUGACCAAUUGGUAGUUACUUGGAUCCCCAUUAAUCUGGGAUUAUACGAUAUUGCUUAUUUUCAUUUUGCAACUAUGAUUUCGCUCUUCGGUGCAAUGUCGAUCCCAUGUGCGGUUAAUUGGGUUGAUGU